AUGGUCAGUACCUCUGAUCUCAUCAGUAAUGUUGACAUGGUCACUACUGCUGAUUUCAUUGGUUAUGUUGACACGGUCAGUACCUCUGACCUCAUCAGUAUUGUUGACAUGGUCAGUACCUCUGACCUCAUCAGUAUUGUUGACAUGGACAGUACCUCUGAUCUCAUCUGUAAUGUUGAUACGGUCAGUACCUCUGAUCUCAUCAGUAAUGUUGACACGGUCAGUACGGCUGAUUUCAUCGGUUAUGUUGACAUUGUCAGUACCUCUGACCUCAUCAGUAUUGUUGACAUGGUCAGUAUCUCUGAUCUCGUCAGUAAUGUUGAUACGGUCAGUACCUCUGUUCUCAUCAGUAAUGUUGACACGGUCAGUACCUCUGAUCUAAUCAGUAAUGUUGACGCGGUCAGUACCUCUGAUCUCAUCAGUAAUGUUGACAUGGUCACUACUGCUGAUUUCAUCGGUUAUGUUGACACGGUCAGUACCUCUGACCUCAUCAGUAUUUUUGACAUGGUCAGUAUCUCUGAUCUCAUCAGUAAUGUUGAUACGGUCAGUACCUCUGUUCUCAUCAGUAAUGUUGACACGGUCAGUACCUCUGAUCUAAUCAGUAAUGUUGACACGAUCAGUACGGCUGAUUACAAA